GUUUUUUCAUUAAAUUUCCAUGAGAAAUUUAUAGAAAGUGUGAUGUCAUAGGUUAUCUCUAAUCUGCCAGUACCAGGAUAAAGAGCCAUAAAAACAGUCAUUAUAUUAUAACAACAUCAACUAUAAUUAAACUGCCUCUAAAGGCAGUUACUAAAUUCAUAAACACCUUUAUCGCUUUAUUUAUAAGAUAAACUGCGGUUUUUUCAGAUGAACUGUAUUUUAGUGUGUUUGUUUAAAGGCCUCCCUCUGUCCUGGGUGUAAUCUCGAGAUAAAUCAUUCAAACUAAGAUUUAAGGCAAAUCAUAGAGACCUACAUAUUCACGCAACAUUUCAUCCAGUUGAUGCUUAAAGGAUCGUCUCCAACCAUGUCGACUGACAUCAUGAAAGUUGUGUCAGUGCGUGGCCCUGGUGAUGGCAUGGAGAUGGCCAAACCUGCAGCGAGCCUGGAGAAGUCUGUAGAGACUCUGUCUUUAAAGGCGUCUCCACCCCGACAGUCUCCCAGACCAGCGCCGGCGUCCCCUGGCGUCCUUCACCUGGGAAAAGUGAACAGGGAUUCGUGCGCCGAGGUGGAGGCCGUGCGCAUCGUCGUCCCACGUGCCGCCAUUGUCCGGAGUACCAGAGCGCCCGGCAUCCACGCCGACAGCAAGUCGGAUGAAAGAGGAUCGGGGUCUCCGCACCAUGCCGACGAUCGUCCUCCGUCCCCUUCCCCAGAGCCGCUGGACUAUAAGAGCAUUGUGGAGAAGCUGCAGAACUCCGAGCGCAGGCUGCUGCAGGACAAGGAGGGGCUUUCGAACCAGCUGCGUGUUCAGACCGAGGUAAACAGAGAACUCAAGAAGCUUCUUGUGGCCUCAGUAGGGGACGACUUGCAGUAUCACUUUGAGCGACUGUCGCGGGAGAAGAACCAUCUCAUUCUGGAGAACGAGGUUCUGUGCCGCAACCUGGCGCACACGGCUGAGCAGCUGGAGCGCAUGAGUAUUCAGUGUGACGUGUGGAGGAGCAAAUUCCUUGCCAGCCGGUUGGUGUUUUCCUGCAGAGUGAUGGCUGAGGAGUUGACUAACUCCCGAGCUGCUCUCCAGCGACAGACCAGAGAGGCUCAAACCGCCAUCCAGGACCUGCUGCGUGAGCGAGAGGAGUUCUCCCAAGACAUGAUGCACACACACAGGUCUCUGGAGCAGCUGCUUGUCUCGCUGCAGUGGGGCAGACAGCAAACCUACUACCCCAGCGCACAGCCGCUCAGCACCGGAGAACUGGCCGUGGCCAAUCACAAGCUGGCCAACGCCAUCAACUCUCACCUGCUGGGGAACAUCAGCACGAGCAGCAGCACAUGCGUGAAGAACAGCUCAGCUACAGAGCUCUGCAACACACCAGCUGAGAAGAUGGCAGAAAAGGUACUCAGGAUUCUGGAUCCCAUUUCCUGCCCUGACGCCGCCGGCGACUUGGCCACUCCCGACUCCGGUUCUCCUUUCCUUCCUAAUAAGAAAAGCAUCGGACGUUUCCACCCGUACACACGCUACGAAAACAUCACCUUUAACUGCUGUGAGCGCUGCACUGGGGAGCUGCUCGUGCUCUGAGACCAACUCGCCUUAUAGGAAUUCUCCUUUUUUUUUUUUUUUUUUUUUUACCCAGUCUCCUUUUACUGCAUCUGUAGUAUGUAAAUUAUAACAAAUACAACAACUGACACAAUGUGGUGGUUUUGAGGAAGUGGUUUUGUGGUGUUCAGAUCCUCCAAGGAUCCUCGAUGUAGCCCCGUUCUGCUUUCUUCCUUCAUUUCCCCAUUCUCAUUAUUUCCACCUUCCUUCUAGUAACAAGGAUUAGGGAUGCUUUACUGUAACAUAACCACAGGCCUGACUUUUUCCUUUUUUUUUAAUAUAUUAAAGUAUUUUUCAACCAAACCUGGACAGUUUGGAAAUAACACUUCAUCACAUUGUUGAUGUUUUACUGAGGAUUUCAUUGCAUUAAUUAAAAAACACCAAACAAACAAAAUUCA